AUGGCAGACGUGGUUGUUGCGAAGUCUGUUGCCUACAAAAGGCGUCUGGGGCUAGGCCAGCUGGAGGCGGCCCACUUUAGGGAGUGGUGCUCGGCUCCGAUAUCUGCUUGUCAGUCCAGUGCCGGUCUCGCCAACCCCCGCAGCAAGGAUGCUCCUGGGGUUCCGGAGAGGCGGAAAGAGGCAGUUUCCAGCAUCGCACCGAAGCCAGCUGUGCCCCGCACACCUCCUCCACGCAGCCCCAACCCCUCUCCAGAGAGACCAAGAUCUGCUCUGGCUGCAGCCAUUCUAGCAACAACAUUGACUGGCCGGACUGUUGCCAUUCCUCAGCCUCGCCGGAGAUCCCACUCUGAGAGUGACACGACCUACAUUGAAAAGGACAGUUUCAUCGAGCCCUAUGCCACCACCUCGGAGCUGAGGCAUCAACCACAUAGGCAGAAUGAGACUGGAAGAAGAUCUUCUUUGCCAUCGUUUGAAAUGCUGGGCUACGAGGAGGAAGAGGACACUGACACGCACCUGUCAUGCAGCCGCAGGGAGUCGGGGGACACAAGUGCUUGCAAAGAAGAGGCAAGCCUCAGCGACGCCGUGUAUGCCAUGCCACACAGAAAUCAGGGUAGUUUGGGAAAACAUCUUCAUGUGCGGUGUGCACCCACUCAGAAAUGGCCUAACAAAUGGAAAGCAAGUCUUGUUUUCAGCAGUUGUCUUGUUGGUGCCACCCAAAAUGAAGAUGAGGAAAAUAUUUCUGAGCAAGAUGGGUUUCCAGGCUCACCUGUUCCACCAGAGCAUACACAAGAAAAAGAUGGUAAACAUUCUAUUCUGAAUUUAAAGGAUGAAAAACCACCAUUGUGUGGAAAACCUCCACCCUCUCCAGAUGUAAAUGGUAGAACACAUCGAAGAUGUAUAGAAAUAACCAAAGAAAAGUUCGAGGAAUUAAAAGAAGAAAAUUUGCAUCUAAACAAUGCAAAUCAAACCCUUACUCUUGAACUUAACAUAAUAAAAAAAACAAUGAAAGAACUACAGUUAAAACUUAAAAGGAUGGAAAAAGAAAAUGGAAAGCUGAAAGAAGUUGAGAAAGCAUCCUCUCAGGAAGUAGUCGCUGCACCUGAAUUACAUUAUCUAAGAAAACAAGCUCAAGAACUGGUGGAUGAAAAUGAUGGAUUGAAAAUGACUGUUCAUUGUUUGAAUGUAGAACUGAGUAGAUAUCAAACAAAAUUCAGGCAUUUAUCCAAGGAAGAGAGUUUAAAUAUUGAAGGCCUCCCAUCAAAGGGCCCUAUACCGCCCUGGCUGGUGGAUACAAAGUACCUGUCCCCCUUGUUGCUGGCCUAUGAAGACAGAAUGAAAGAGAAGGACGAGCUCAAUGCCAGCCUUCAGGAGGAAAUGAGAACGUUUAAGACGAGAGUCCAAGAAGUGGUGAAAGAAAAUGAAGAACUGCACCAAGAGCUGAAUAAGAACAGUCUUGUCACCAGUGAGGAAUGGCGUCAGCUUCAGACUCAAGCAGAACUGGUUUUAGAGGAAAACAAGUUGUUGAUAGAGCAGUUGGAGAUUCAGCAAACAAAAGCCAAGGACACGCACCAGGAGCGUCUCCAGGAAGUUUCUAAACUGACUAAACAGCUAAUGCUUCUGGAGACUAAAACACAGAACCAAGAAAAGGAGCUAACUAAAAGUAAGGAGCAAUUGGACACUUUACGGACGGAAUGCCAGGAACUAAAAAUACAGUUGGACAGCAAAGUUGCAAUAGAAGUUCACACUUCAAUUGUAAAUGAAUUAAAAAGCCAGUUGCAGAAGGAAGACGAGAAAGAAAAUGCUGAGAUGGAAGAGUUGAUGGAAAAGUUGGCAGCCCUGCAAGUGCAGAAAAAGAGCCUGCUAUUAGAGAAGAAAAAUCUGACGGCUAAAAACAAGGAGCUGGAAGCUGAACUCGAAAAGGCACAGAAAAUAAAUAGGAGAUCUCAAAAGAAAAUUGAUGUCUUCAAAAAGCAGGUGGAAAAAGCCAUGGAGAACGAAAUGUCUGCUCACCAGUACCUGGCAAAUCUUGUUGUCCUGGCAGAGAAUAUAACCCAGGAACGUGACAAUCUUAUGUAUUUGGCUAAAUGUUUAGAAAGUGAGAAGCAUGGAGUUCUCAACAAAAUCAUAGAAGGCAAUAUUCGCUUGGGAAGGUUGGAGGAAAAAGUCAAGGGGUACAGGAAGCAGGCGGCACUGAAGCUGGGUGACAUCAGUCACCGUCUGACAGAGCAGCAGGAAGACUUUGCUAGCAAAACAGCUCAGUACCAGCAGGAGAUGAGGUACCUCCAUCGGAUGCUGCAGGACAAGCAGGAUGUCCUGGACAAGGCGCUGCAGCAGAAAAGAGAAAUGGAAGGUGAGCUUGAGGUUGUUUGGGAGUCCACCUCCAAGGAAAACCAAAGGAUCCGAGAACUUCUCCAGGCCACGCUGGAGAGGACAGGCCCGUGGGACAACACCAGAGCUUUCGCGGACCGCUGCCUGGAUGGCAUCUCUCAGGGAGACAUGCAGGAUGGCUGCCGCUUCAGCUUCUGUGACCUGAAGCCGCCUCCCACCUCCUACCAGGGUCUGCGGGAGCCCCUGGGCUAGGGCCCCUCGGCGGAGACGUCUGCCCUACGCAGGACAGGGAGCGCCGAGGAGAGGGCAGACUCCCGCCCACCGCUGCAGCGUUGUUUUUUACAUUUUGCUUUAUUUUUAAAAUGUGCUGCUGAACUAUAUUUAGCCAGUGCACGUCCUCUGACCCCAUUGCCACCGAGCCGGGCUCUGUGAGAUCCAUUGCUCAGGCUAACAGGUGACCUGGCAAGCUGGCCUGUCUCCGGGCUCCUAGAUCUGCACUGAGAAAGCCCCAGAGGGAAGGGCGGGCAGACCCGAGCGCUCAGCCUGUGUGUUUGAUGAGUUAGUUUCAUUGGCUGAGCCGUCGAUGGAAGCCCCAGCGAUGAGACCUGUGCAUUCACUCUGGGUGGUAUUUUAUUGUUUGGCAAAAAACAGGUGCUGGUCUUCCUGUCCCAGUAGGUUGUACAAAAUCUGUCCUGCCCUCUCCCCGAGCCCUUCCCUGUCCUCCUGGAAAGGUAAUUUUUCUGGGGCCACGUAACCUCCCUCCCCUCUGAGAGCCUUGACUUUGCACACCAAGGUGGGGUCCCUGCCCCACUGCCCCCACCGAGAGGGUGCCGGGGCCGUGGUCCUGCUCUACCCGGUGCCACCUCCUCAGGUAGAUUCAUCCCUGCCUCCAGGACCUGGGACUCCUGGCGGUAAUGCCAGCUGUCUAGGGCUGCUUGUCCCCGGCAUGCUGGAAGAAGGCUACAAAGGAUCCUAAACAGUGUAUGGAGGGUAGAAUCCUGUCACAUCCUUUUACCAAACCCCUCAUAGCUAAGUCCUGUGUGGUUUCAGGUGUGCAGAUAGACCCAGCGUUGGUCCCUGGUCAUAUAUAAAAGUUACACAUGUGCUUUUUGGUUGCUAAGUGGGAAGUUAAGAUAG